CACGGUCUCUACUUUGCCUUCCUCCUCGGGUCGUUUUCCUCCUUCUCGUUCCUCAACCACAGAAACGCAGAUGGUACUAGCCCUAGACCCCAUGCCGUAGACUGGAUGUAGAUCUGGAUACGAGGCCAUGAUUCACCCCCCUCCCCCAUAUGCGAUGGAUCCACGCAUCCUUCUUCAUCUCCAAAAAAAAAACAGUAGGCUUCGGAUCCUCGUCUGUGCCCUGAUGUUGCCGGCGCUCUGACGUUUCCGGCGCUUAUGCACUGGCAGCACCGGCCUCAAAGCGGGGCCUUCGUCCGCUGAAAAGUUCGACAAUCAUUGCCGUGAUUCUUAUUCUACCGCGAAAAAAUUCUCUUUUUUCGUGGGGAGAGGGGAGAUCUGCCCGGUUCUGAUUGUUGUCAGUGCAUCAAAGAUCGUGUUGAUUUUGGUUCCAAAUGCUGAAACUUUUGCGCCUCAGCUUGGCGCUCCGCCAUCACUCUUCGAUUGCAACCUCUCCGACAAUCCAGAGAUGCUGAAGAGGCCUUUGCGGGUUAGCAGAAGGUUUCGGGGCUAGUGGCUGAGGUGCUGAAAAAGGCCUGUGCUUCGAAGAAAUGAAGAGCCGGCGAGCGGCAACAGACAGGGAGGUGGAGGCGAUGAUGAGGUAUGUGCCUGUAAGCCUGUCCCCCCGCGAUUGCGAUACCCACUGCAUAAUCUUCAGCGUGAGGCAGGGAAAGUUAGCCUAGCUAAAUUACUGUUUUUUAUGGAAUUUAGGGUUCUAUUGGGUUUUUUCAAAGGAGACCUUUCCGAUUAGAUGAAUCUUCCAUUUGUUUGGAUCUACGGUAAAAUUUCACAGAAUAAUGUGUGAGGCAUAGCUGUGGAUCUAAAAUAGUGUCGUUCAGUUAAAUUAUAUGAUAUGAAUCUAUCACACUGUAGACCAAAUGUAGGACAACAGUUGCAGUUGCAAGAGUUUAUGGCGAACACAUUUGAAACAUCACAUCACAAAUAUUUGGAUUUCGAAAAAGAACUCGUACAUCAAAAUUUUCUGGACAUAUGUAAAGAUUCUAAAUGUAGUUAAAUUAUAUGAUAUGAAUCUAUCACACUGUAGAGCAAAUGUAGGACAACAGCUGCAGGUGCAGGAGUUCACGUGGAACACAUUUGAAACAUCGCAUCACAAAAUUUUUUGGACAAAUAGCACAGUUUGUAUGUGAAGAUUCUAAACGUGGCAUGUAUGUAAUAGUAAUACUUAAAAUAUCUACAAAAGUAUAAGGAAAAAGUCUAUGUAACCCCCCCAAGUAUGGAUAGUGGGGCACAUAACCCCCCAUCUCCAAAACCGGAUGUUGUGCACCCUAAGCUAAUUGAAACCGGACAGGAACCCCCUAGGGUGGUUUUGGAUCCCGGUUUUGGCUACCUGGCACGCCACGCUGGACAUCUAGACACGGUGGCGCUCAGACCCACUUGCCAGGUGGGCCGGCAGUCAAUUUCGGCCCAUAUACAUCGGAUCUCACCAGCGGAGUCUCCCCAACUGCCAGAAGCGUCGUCGCGACGCCUCUUCUUCCUCGCCCUCUCCGCGACGCGGCACUCCGGCAAACCAGCGACGAAUCCAUGAUCGGAAGCAACAGUGGUUGAGUGGACUGCUACAGGAGAACGAGGUGAGUCCGCAAAGCUGGAUUGACUAGCAGUUGUUCGCAUUCUGGUCGCGAUUUGUCCUAGGUUUCGGACGAUGUUGGGGUUUUUUUGGGUUUUUCGGUCCGCCUGUGAAUCGUCCAUUUAUUCAUGGAUUGUGUAGUGUGAAUUAUGUAAAGAAAGCAGUUUUGAAGGACAUGCUUACAGAUGUUUCACUUGCAAAGUGCAAGAGAGCAAAGGUGUCUUUAAGGCUGCACUGGAUUCAAUGAAGGGAGAAUAUUCUAGAGUGUUUGAUUACCAGCAGGAGUUGUUAAGGAGUAACCCUGGCAGUACUGUGGUGGUAUGCAUGAAUCUAGAUAUUAUGGACAAAUUAGUGUACCAGAGGUUCUAUGUUUGCUUUGAUGCUUGCAAAAAAAGUUUUCUUGCUGGUUGCAAAGAGUAAUUGGGUUGGAUGGAUGUUGGUUCAAGGGAGCAACAAAUGGCGAGUUGUUAUGUGCCAUUGGAAGGGAUGGCAAUAAUCAGAUGUAUCCUAUUGCUUGGGCAGCAGUGGAGAAGGAAACAAAUGAUACUUGGUACUGGUUCCUUGGAUUGCUGCAGAAGGACCUAAACAUCAAUGAUGGGGGUGAAGGUUGGGUAAUCAUCUCUGACCAACAAAAGGGGCUGUUAAAUGCAGUGGAAGCUUUGGUUCCAAAUGCAGAGCACAGGAUGUGUGCAAGACAUAUAUAUGCAAACUGGAGGAAAAAAUAUACAGAUAAGGAUCUACAGAAAAAAUGGUGGAGAUGUGCAAAGUCAUCAUGUAGCACACAGUUCAACUACAAUAGGGCAUUGCUGGCUAAGGAGACACCAGCUGGGGCCAGGGACAUGAUGAAUACUGCACCAGAACAUUGGAGCAGGGCCUUUUUCAAGCUUGGAUCAAACUGUGACUCAGUUGAUAACAAUCUAUGUGAGAGUUUCAACCACUGUAUCAUUGAUGCAAGGUUCUUGCCAGUGAUAUCAAUGAAUGAGGCCAUAAGACGCAAGGUAAUGGUCGGGAUUCAAGAAAAUAGGGCAAAGGCAGAAAAAUGGAAAGGGACAAUCUGUCCUAAUAUAUUUAAGAAGCUUAAGAUGAAUAUUGUCAGGUCUGGUAACUACUAUGUGCUCUGGAACGGGCAAGAUGGAUUUGAGGUGCAAGAGAAAGAGCACAGGAGGUAUACAGUUAACUUGCAAGAGAGAACAUGUACUUGUAGGUACUGGCAAAUAUCAGGCCUACCCUGUUGCCAUGCAAUAAGCUCAAUUUACAUGGCAUCUAAACAACUGGAUGACUUCAUUGCACCUUGUUUCAAGAUUUCAGAGUACAUGAUGACAUAUCAGUAUUGCUUGCAGCCUGUUCAAGGACCAGACAAUUGGCCAAUUUCAGACAUGCCCAAACCCCUUCCCCCUGCAUAUGUCAAGAUGCCAGGAAGGCCGAAGACAGAAAGAAGAGAACCAGGAGAAGCUCCAAAAGGAACCAAACUAAGCAGGAAGGGAAUCAAGAUGAAAUGCAGUUUAUGUAGAAAAAGUACUCACAAUGCUAGGAAGUGUCCACUAAAUCCAGAAGCUGGGAAAAAGAAAAAUGCUUACAUCAAGAGAGAUGCUGCUAGGCAGAAGCAGAAGGAAAGAGAAGCAUCUAGCUCGGCUGCUGCAACAAUGAACCCAAGUGGGGGAUCAACAUCUAGUGCCAACAAGAGGAAGAAAACACAGUCAUUGGGUGAUGUGGGCACCCAGCAGAGUCAAGCUCCACACGCUGCAGGAAGAGUAGGCACCCAGCAGAGUCAAGCUCCACAAGCUGCAGGAAGAGUAGGCACCACACAUCGGCAGGGAGGCCAAAGUACUACAAAGAGGAGCAGAUUGGCACAUUUGUUGUUUGGGGACAACUACUGAAACUGGAUGUGCAAACUGAAACUUUAGCUUCUGAAGUAGGCCUGGAUGGUCAGUCUUUUGGUGUACAGCAUGGAUGGUCAGUCUUUUGGUGUAGGCAUGGAUAUUAGGAAGACAGAUUAGGUUUAAGUAGGCCAUGGUUAUGUUAACUAUGAAGUGAACAUGAUUGGUUAUGUGAUCAUGCUUUUGUUGCUAUUAUGUUGCUUCAAGUGAAUCUGAAUGGAAUUGGAUGAACACUUUUGCUUGCUCUCAAA